AGAGGAAAAAUGAUAUUCUGAGUAAAGUGGGUCAGAAAGAGGAAUCGUAACAUCUCAGUCCUUAAUUUCAUAACUUCUAACAGCAGGAAAACCACCCAAGGCCCUUUCUACUUCCUUGUCCUCCAGCUCCUCUGUGUGAUCAGGGACUUGGGGGCCAUGGUGGCUUCACUGACAUUUGCUUCCAUAGCACAAGAUGAGAGGGGGUGUUGCAGGAAGAUGGGGGGUGGGGGUAGCCCCCCACUGGGAAGAGGCAUGAUGGGAAAAGGGGUUGGGGAGUUGAAAAGACAAUCUAGACAGGAAGGAUAAAGAUGUCAUUCUACAACCUUUUUGGUGGGAGAGCUACCCCACCCUAUGACAAGUUCUGCAAUAGACAUAACCAUUCAUUCAUUCAUUCAUUCACAAAAAAUGUCACGUAACCCUCUAGCUUAAAGCCUUCCACUCCCUUCCCACUGCCCAUAGGGUAAAACCAUAGUUCCUCCCUACAUCUUUCUACCUCUCCAACUCAUUUCUUUGGUCUCUUCCCUACAUGCUCAGCAUCUUUGACUUGUUUCUACCCCAGAGCCUUUGCACUUGCUGUUCCUUCUGCCUGGAAUGCUCUCUCCCCCAUUCCUUCUCAUCCUUCAGAUAUCAACUUGAAGGCCACUUCCUCGGAGAACUCUCCACUGAGCACCCUGUCUACAAUGGCCCCUCACUACACCCUGCUAUCACCCUCUAUCCUCAUACCCUGCUUACCUGCAGGGCAUGUAAAGAAUCUGAAGAUGUUUAUUCACACAAGACUAUAAACUCCACAAAAGCAGAGACCUUGUUGAUCUUAUUCACUGCUGGGUCCCUAGCACCUAGGAGAGUACUUGGCACAUAGCAGAAAUACGUGCUCAGGAAAUGUUGUUGAAUGAAUGAAUGAAACACCUACAUACACGAGGUUUAUAGAAGUAAAAGAACAGACACCUACCAUUGCUUCUAGGAACUACAACCUAAAAUUGAAUAGAACUUUUGCAUCAGCUCAUUGCAUCAGCUCCCUAGCUCCUGAUUCGUAAAAUGUGACUUUCCUAAAAUCUGAACUCUGAGAUUGGCAUCCUAGUUCUGUAACAGCUCUCUGUUAUCUAUCAAGUGGUCAGGUUGCCUUCUUUGCCACCAUGACUUGUUCUAGAUUCUCAUCAAAACACCAACAUGUUCUCAAUCAUCAGGACUUUUUCUUCUGAGUAAUUUACCUUAGUUAUGCUGGUCCAGAGUUGGGUCUACUGUAUCUGCGGGUAUAAUGUACAGAAUAAUUCCAUUUCAAUCCUGGAUUAGGGGCCUGCUAGAGCAGGACUCUGAUGUGGGACUAGAAGCACCGACACUGCGUGUAAGAUCAGCCAUAGACUGUGUCCAGGCAGAAACCAAGAGCUCUGGCACAAGAGUGAGAGGCAGGUGCUGCCGCAGGUCUGUGCAAGUUCAGGCCCCUGGCAAUUUUGGUAGCUGAGCUCUGUCUUCUCCUUUGGUCCUGAUGCUGGUAAAGUCCCAACACUCAAGAAAACAGGGUUUGGGACAUCCCUGGUGGCACAGUGGUUAAGAAUCCACCUGCCAAUGCAGGGGACAUGGAUUCGAGCCCUGGCCUGGGGAGAUCCCACAUGCCACGGAGCAACUAAGCCCAUGCGCCACAACUACUAAGCCUGUGCUCUAGAGCCCAUGAGCCACAACUACUGAGCCCACGUGCCACAACUACUGAGCUCGCGUGCCUAGAGCCCGUGCUCUGCAACAAGAGAAGCCACCGCAGUAAGAAGCCCAUGCACCACAACAAAGAGUAGCCCCCGCUUGCCACAACUAGAGAAAGCCCGCGCGCAGCAACAAAGACCCAAUGCAACCAAAAUAAGUAAAUUAAUUAAUUAAUUUAAAAAAUAAAGAAAGAAAGAAAACAGGGUUUGUUGUGUUGGCCCCUCCCUCCCCUCCUGCUUGGGACACAGCUACCCGUCCACUAGAGAACGUAGUGAAGAGCCAAUCUAAUGCCAGUUCUCUCCUCCCACAGAGUCCUGGUCCGGGGUCGUGCAGUCCAAGGGGCUGGAUGGCAUGCUGGACCCAAGCUCAGCUCAGCGUCUGGGCCCAAUAACAGCUUUUCCGAAGGAGCAGCUUUCUGUCCUGGCCACACUGAGGUGCACAGCGUAAUGUCCAUGUUGUUCUACACUCUGAUCACAGCUCUUUGGAUCGGCGUCCAGGCAGAAGCGCACACCCAGAGCAAUGUCCCAGCAGGACACGCCAUCCCCCAAGCCCACUGGACUAACCUUCAGCACUCCCUUGACACAGCCCUCCGCAGAGCCCACAGCGGCCCGGCAGCCGCGAUAGCCGCCAGGGUGGCAGGGCAGACCCGCAAGAUCACCGUGGACCCGGAACUGUUUAAAAAGCGGCGCCUGCGUUCACCCCGCGUGCUGUUUAGCACCCAGCCCCCACCUGCGGCCGCGGACGCUCAGGGUCUGGACUUGGAGGCCGGCGGGGCCGCCCCCUUCAACAGGACUCACAGGAGCAAGCGGUCGUCGUCCCACCCUGUCUUCCACCGCGGGGAGUUCUCGGUGUGCGACAGCGUCAGCGUGUGGGUGGGGGACAAGGCCACCGCCACGGACAUCAAGGGCAAGGAGGUGAUGGUGUUGGGAGAGGUGAACAUCAACAACAGUGUAUUCAAACAGUACUUUUUUGAGACCAAGUGCCGGGACCCCAAUCCCGUCGACAGCGGAUGCCGGGGCAUCGACUCGAAGCACUGGAACUCAUAUUGUACCACGACCCACACCUUCGUCAAGGCGCUGACCAUGGAUGGCAAGCAGGCCGCCUGGCGGUUCAUCCGGAUCGACACGGCCUGCGUGUGUGUGCUCAGCAGGAAAGCUGGGAGGAGAGCCUGACCGGCCCGACAGCCCUCAACCUCUCCCAGCUCCCCCCUCCACACUCUCCGGCACCCCUCCCUACCUCAACCUGUAAAUUAUUUUAAAUUAUAAGGACUGCAUGGUAAUUUAUAGUUUAUACAGUUUUAAAGAACCAUUAUUUAUUAAAUUUUUGGAAGCA